UGACCUUAAUCCUGCAGGUCUCCUGGUUGGGACGCUGGAUGCCGUUCUGGAUUCCACGUCAAAAGUCGCCCCGUUCCGUAUCUUGCACCAAACCCCAGAUUCUCAAGUUUAUUGGUCUAUUGCGUGUGGAGCCAGCAGAGAAGAGAUAACAGAACAUUGGGAAUGGUUAGAGCGCAACGUCAUGGAGACGCUGUCUGUGUUCGACUCCAAUGAGGACAUCAUAAGCUUUGUGCACGGGAAAAUUCGAGGCUUGAUUGCUGAGGAAAGUAAAGGGUCUUUAAUAAAAGAAGAAGAUCCGGAGAAGUUCCGGGAGGCCCAUCUGAAGUUUGAGAAGUGUUUUGGGUUAGCUGAACAGGAGAAGCUAGUGACUUACUACUCCUGUAGCUACUGGAGAGGCCGGAUACCCUGCCAAGGUUGGCUGUAUCUGAGUACCAACUUCCUUAGCUUUUACUCUUUUCUGCUGGGAGCUGAGGUCAAACUCAUAAUAGCCUGGGAUGAAAUCUCCAGACUCGAAAAGACAUCGACUGUGAUUCUGACAGAAAGCAUCCACGUCUGUGCCCAUGGGGAGGACCAUUACUUCUCCAUGUUUUUGCACCUCGGUGAAACCUUCCUCCUCAUGGAACAGCUGGCUCUCUACGCUGUUCGGAGACUCUUCGACAAGGAGGGGUUUGAAGUUGACCCGGUCCUCUGCGACCCCUUGCAAAUCACUAAGAGAGGACUUGAGAACCGGGCCCAUAGCGAGCAGUUCAACGCCUUCUUCAGGCUCCCCAAGGAGGAGACGCUGCGGGAAGUUCACGAGUGUUUCCUGUGGGUGCCCUUCAGUCACUACAACACUCUAGGGAAGAUGUGCCUUUCUGAGAAUUACAUCUGUUUUGCCAGUCAAGAUGGCUGCUUGUGCUGCGUCAUCAUCCCCUUGAGAGAGGUCACAGCAGUUGAGGUAGCUGACCAUGUCAACAAGGCAAUCAGCAUUGCUACCAAAGGACAGAGGGCGUUCCGUUUCUCUGAAGUGAGGGAUUUUGAACCGCUGGUGGCGAAGCUCAGGAGCAGAUGUAAUGCAGCCCCAAGCCCGCAACACAGCAUGAGCGCGGAGGUUGGGGUUAGCCCGGACGCCAGCCCUGUCUGGGACGACUACGAGGGGCAGCCGAUGGCCAGCCACAAAGGCAGCAGUGCCACGGUUAGCACAGAAGCCCUGAUGACCGUUUUUCAUCCUCAGGACGCGGAGAACCUUGAUUCUAAGAUGUUGAAAGAAAAAAUGAAAGAGCAGUCCUGGAACAUCCUUUUCAUAGAGUGUGGACGGGGUGUGAGUAUGUUUCGGACGAAGAAAACACGAGACCUGAUUGUCAGAGGGAUCCCCGAAGUGUUAAGAGGAGAACUUUGGCUUCUCUUCUCAGGUGCUGUAAACGACAUGGCAAGCCACCCCGGCUAUUACUCGGAACUGGUUGACCAAUCUUUUGGCACGUGCACCCUGGAGACGGACGAAAUCGAGCGGGAUCUGCGCCGCUCGCUGCCAGAGCAUCCCGCGUUCCAGAGCGACACGGGCAUUUCUGCCCUCCGACGGGUCCUCACUGCCUAUGCCUACAGGAACCCCAAGAUUGGCUAUUGCCAGGCCAUGAAUAUAUUGACGUCGGUGCUGCUCCUUUAUGCCAAAGAAGAGGAAGCAUUUUGGCUUUUGGUAGCCGUCUGCGAAAGGAUGCUACCUGAUUAUUUCAAUCGCCGAAUCAUCGGUGCCUUAGUAGAUCAGGCAGUGUUUGAGGAGCUGAUCCGAGACUACUUGCCCCAGCUGACGGAGCACACGACCGACAUGACUUUCUUUUCCUCCGUCUCGCUCUCCUGGUUCCUCACUCUCUUCGUCAGCGUGCUGCCGAUCGAGAGUGCCGUCAACGUAGUCGACUGCUUUUUCUAUGACGGGAUCAAAGCCAUUUUGCAGCUGGGCCUGGCGGUGCUCGACUACAACAUGGACAAGUUGCUGGCUUGCAAGGACGACGCAGAAGCUGUAACAGUCCUCAACAGGUUUUUUGAGAGUGUCACAAACAAGGACAGCCCACUCCCUCCAGCGGUACAACAGGCCUCUGGGAUGAAUGAAAGCAAAAACCCCCACCCCAGAGUGGACAUCACUGACUUAAUUCGAGAAUCAAAUGAGAAAUAUGGUGAAAUCCGAUUUGAGGAAGUAGAAAGCAUGCGACGUCGGAAUAGACUGUACGUCAUCCAGACCUUGGAGAUCACAACAAAGCAGAAUGUGCUACGUGUUAUCUCCCAAGAUAUGAAUAUCAGCCAUAGCAACCUGGAAGAACUGUAUGAAUUAUUCAAGAAAGAACAUUUUCUCUCCUGUUAUUGGAAUCUGAACAGUCCAGCACUAAAACAUCACGAUGCCAGCCUGCCCUACCUGGACCAAUAUCGGAUUGACUGCCAGCAAUUCCGAAUCUUGCAUCAUCUCUUGAGUCCUUGGGCACCCUGUGCCAACAGAGAUUCUUUGGCCCUGUGGACCUUCCGGCUACUGGAUGAGAAUGUUGACGGCCUGAUCAACUUCAAAGAAUUUGCAUCUGUUUUGGACGUCAUGUAUCAUGGAAGUUUUACUCAUAAGCUGACGCUGCUUUUCAAAUUGCACAUACCUCCAGCUUUUACCGAAGUGGAAUCUCUGAGCCCUUUGAAAGGGGCUCAACUCUCUAAAGAAGAACUGAUCCACUUUAGUCAAUUGAGUGUUUCUUCACCUGGAGACAAAGAGGAUGCAGAUGUUUUGAAGACAAGUCCUGAAAAAGGGAAAGGAAAAGUGGACAUCCAGGCUUACUUGAAGCAGUGGCAAGAUGAGAUCCUUAAAAAGGAAGAAAGCAUUAAGGAUUUGCCCCGGAUGAACCAGUCCCAAUUCAUCCAGUUCUCCAAGACGUUGUAUAACUUAUUCCAUGGUGAUCCAGAAGAAGAGCACCUUUUUCGUGCUAUUGCCACAGUUACCAGCCUCUUGCUGAGGAUGGAGGAGGUGGGACGAAAGCUCCAGAGCCCCACUUCCCCAGCCCAAAGGGUGACGUCUCCCAUGGUUGGUCCUACAGCACAACCGGCCUCGCAGACUGAUAGCGCAGGAUCCCAAAUCUCCAGCCCUGCCGGUGAGGGCUGGUCGUUUGCUUUUGAGCAGAUCCUGGCCUCUUUACUAAACGAACCUGCCUUGGUGAGAUUUUUUGAGAAACCAGUAGAUGUCAAAGCCAAGUUAGAAAAUGCUAAAGCUGCUCAGUUAAAAGCAAGAGCUUGUGUAUGGUAAUCACUUAGCCCCACUUCUCCUUCCUCUCUGUAGAACACUCAGAAACAGAAGGGAACGUUGAGCUUCAAGUUCAUACUGAGGAUUUAGCUCAAUUCCCUUAAUAGCAGGGUGGUUUGUGUGGUUUUAUUUUUAUUUUUGUGGGGUCAAGUAAGCACAGUUGCACCUAAUCUUUGCAUUUUAGUACACUAGACUUAAGCCACAUCCAACAACACAGGGCAACUUGGAAGAAAAAACUAAAUGGUCUCCUUGACAGCAGCAGAUUUCCAAGUUACCACUUUUUAGGCCACUGUUUUGCUAUGUUGUCUUAUAGGGUGAAGUUGGCAAUUUUUGCAAAGAAUUUCUUCUUAAUCUUGGAAUAUAGGUCUGCUUAGUGCGUUGAGGGCACGAUUUUUGACCAGUUUAGGACACCUAUUAAGGAAAGUUGUUCCUAUAAAUGGGGGCCAAGAAUUUUUUAAAAUAUAUAUUUCUUCAAAAUCUGGUUCUUUUCUUCAAAGGCAUUACAUGCCUCACAUGAAGCUUUCUUGGCUGGUAGCGUUAAAGUUUUGCAAGUGUGCCAAUGUCUCCUGCACAAUUCUUCUGCUCAACAUCAAAAACGUUGAUGUGGUUCAAUUUACAAGUUGGGAAGCUCCAUCAUAGUGCUGUCUUUCUCAAAGUCUGGGCACAGUAAGAUUCUGAGAUUCCCCCUGGAAACCAUCUAGACAAGCUAACAAAAAAAUAGGGACAAAAAUGCCAAAAUCAGCUGCUUACUCCAUAAGUACAAUGCUGAAGGGACUUGGAAAAAGCAGCUAUUUGAAUCAUUCCUUUAUCAUUUUCCUCUUUGGAUGGAGACCAUCAUUUCAUGUGGCCCAAAAUAACAAAGGUGUUUAGUGAAAUGUGAUGAACGCUAGUAAGGAAGUUGGAUGCUAUCACAGAAAACUCUUUUCCGAGUGUUGCCCAGAUGGAUGCUCUGCAACGUUUUAUGGUUAAUGCUAAGCCAGGAUCUAGCAGUUACUUAAAUCCUAGGAAGUGAAUUAUGGGUCAAGAGUAAGGGAGGCUGGAGAAUCAAAGGUUGAGUCCUUCCAGCCUCAGUGAAAAGAUGGAUUGUGAGGCUGAAGCUAACUCAUUCCCAUUGGAAAAUAGAACUGUGAGGUUCUAUUCAGAUGGAGCAAAAAUCGUUCAAAUUCACUCGAAUUUAUUUCUCAAAGACUUCUGAAGUCUUCAAUGGGAAUUUUUUAAAAACUCCAUUGCCUUUAAAACUUUUCUCAAUUUACCUUAAUCUAAAGCAGCGCUUUGGUAAAAUAAGCCAAGCUUUGCAGCCUUUAAGCUUAAAAGCGCUCCUAUUUUUUAAUGCCACCGCAACUGAGAAUGGUGGCAUGAGGCCUUUGCCAGAUGCAUACAGGUAUAUCUUUCAAAAUCCAGUCGUUUCCUGAUCUGCCAAAACCAGCUUUCUCCAAUUCGAUGUGCUUCUAAUUAACACAUCUAAGGAAUAUAAGAGUACCAGGCAUAUAAAGAGCCAGCUUUAAAGAAAGUGACUGGACCUGGACCUGGGUGAUCUAAUACAAGAAUCCUUACCCAGUUUGAAAGUAUUUUCAUAACAUAUGGAGAUAGUACCGCAUACAAAAAUUCAGGAAAUUUUUUUUUUCUUCCUCUGCCAUUCACGGCUACUAUAUGAACAAUACAUCUGAAAGAUAAAAAGUGUUUAUAAAGGGAAAGAAAUCUAGACGGACAUAGCAUCUUUUUCAACAAGGUGAUAAAAAUGCAAAAUUAUGUAUGUUUUGUUUUUUUAUAGUACUGUUUGCCAGUAGACCACUACAAUUACUUGAGAUAAAUAUAUAUAUAUAUUUAUCUCAAGAGAUAAAUAUCUCUUAAAAAAUAUCUCUCUUUAAAGUUUAGGAUUGAAUUGUCUUAUAAACAAAUACACAUGUAUAUAUUAUUGUCCUUAAGAAAAUUUCAUAAAUAUUAUUAUGGUAUGGAACUAGUUUACUUCUUUGUUUCCAGUAUAACAAAUGUUUAUGAGAACGAAUUUGCCAGGAAUGCAUUCCGCUCAACCACUCUAAGCUACUUUUAAAAAUAAGCACUUUGAUUUCUGCUUUGGAAUGAAAUAUGACCCACAUACCUCUUUACUUUUCGUGACAAAAUGCUGAAAGUAGUCAAUGAACCAUCAGCCACCCAGCGAGACUUCUUAAAAGUAGAGUUUUAUUUUUCUUUCAAAAUAAUAUGUACAAAUCUGCUGAAGUACCCAGGACUUGAUUUAACAAGGAUGGGAAGAUUCCAGUCAAGGACUGCUGGUUUCUCCCCCCAUCCCAGUAAGACACUUUCUUGCCUCCUCUUUUCCCAUUUUACAAAAUACUUUAUGAAUAGGAACAUUUUUAAAAAGUUAUCUAUAUUUGACAUUGUACAAAAUAAAUUCACUAUUCAUUUUAAACCUUU